AUGGGUUCACAGGGCAACCACUACUGCGCCCGCGACUACGGCAGCAGUGCCUCGAACUCGAACUCUGACGGAUCGUACUACUACUCCAACCCCAACGGCAGCACCUACUACACCGACGGCCAAGGCGGCUCGACCUACACCUCGUCCGGCGGCGACAAGUCUUCUUCCGGCUACGGCGGUUCCAGCAAGAAGUGA